GGGGGGUGGGACACACAAUUGCAGGAAAAGCCAUGUGCAUGUUUCCAAUCGUUCUGUGGCUGCCACGGAGCAGUGGGAAGGCAGCAGUGCAAAUGUGAGCCAUGUGAGCCUCGGCUCUGCAGUUGGGCCCAACAUCUCCUGAUCAAAUGUUGCCAUGGAGCACUGAACUUCUUAAAUAGCCCACUUACCCCUCUGCACAAAGCUAGAAAAUCUUUCAGUCUCUUCUUCAUGUCCUCGUGCUAAUUUUUGGUUUGUUUCUUUUAUCUCCAAGACAAAGCUGCAAGAUUGGCAAAAAUUGUAACCCGAGUGCUUUUAAUACAGAGCGAAGUUAAACAAAAGAGCGACUGAAUAUUAUUUAGAAUGCAUGUAACACAAAAAUGAUUUAGCCCCCUAAAUUGCAUUAGGGAACAAAGCUCUUUCUAAUUUUUUUCUCUUCUGUGGCUUUCAGAUUUUUCUGUAAGUUCCACAUGAAGGUUGUUAUUGAAUCGUUCUUCAGUAUCAAAUGAGUAUUGUUGCCAGAGGAGUGGGAGGAUUAUUGUGAGAUGGGACAGGAAAGAUGCUGUGUGAUUUGUCUUCAUGUUCGUUGGCCCAGUCAUGUUCUUCCAAAAAGAAAUGAGAAGAGAGAAAGUCCCUGUUGGAUCAGUAGUAGUUCUGAGAUUAAUGGAGUGAGAGCUGAGGUUUUUGUCAGGUAUUUUAAUGUUCUUACUCCUGAAGUAUUGGAGUUAAUGGAAUUUUAAAUUAACACGAGAGAAUAUCAAUUUGUAUGAGAUAUAUCACUGGAAAUAUGCAUAAAUAUAGGCAUUAUCUUAUUUCCUUCUGUUAGAAAAUGUGGUAAUAGCUAGUUUUAAUCUUUAAAAGCAAUCUUGAGCUUUUCUUGACUGGUUUAAAUCUCCAAUUAUCCACUUACAAGUACAUGUAGCAUCUCCUGAAUAGUGCCUCUUGUCUGAUUAUGAAUUUACUAUUAACUUUUUUCUGAUGAUUAGGUUAUGAUCUGUAGUUUGGGCAGUGUCAGAAGGGACCGAACUCUAGACUUCAAUAGCAGUGUGUGGUCUUCUAUUCUGAACUCCCCGUGGAUAGCUCCCAUUUUUCCUCAGCAAGAAAGCACUUACGUUAAUUGCCUCAUUUCAAAGACAUAGUAGCUCUUUCUGGGCUCUAAGUAGCCUUCCAAGCAUAGCUGACGAGGUUUGGGACACCUGCAGCCCGACCAAUUUGGGGUAGGGAAAAAAAAAAAAAAAAAAAAGCCAUUAGUCUGCAUGGAAGAAAAAAAAAAAAGUCGAAGUGCUGAAGUUUAGAAUAUUAUCAAUGAUGCUGUGUUGGAGCAGCCUGAAAGAUUUGGCUUUUGGUCUAUGCCUGGUGCUAUCCAAAACAACAUAUAAAAUUCUUUGUGGGCCCAUUUUAAGAAUGUCUUGUUCAUUCAGAGGGGCCCUGUGUGCGCUGUUUGUUCCGAGGGCAGAGGCACCAGCCAACAGCCGAUUCCUCCGCAGAGGGAAGCAUUGCCUAAUGGUGAGCACAGGAGCCAAAGACCGCGGGGACAAAGUGCUAAAGAUAAACAGCUCAAUCCCCGACUGUUCAAAGGCCUCAAUAAAGCCUCUGAUUUACACUUUUGGGGUGGGACUCUGCUGUCCCCACCUGCAGGCCGGCCCCGGGCGUGAGGAGGUGCUGGUGUGUGUGACCCCCCCUCAGGGCCCCUCAGGGAUGAAACACCGCCUUUCCGUGGCAAAAAGCUUCUCUGCAGAUUAGCUUUCUCCUCACCGGGGAAGGAAGAAACAACCCAACUCAUUUUGUGGAGGUGCUGAACGGGAAGAGCCCACAGGGGCUGAAUGGCACCUGAGGGUGCUCCCCUGGUCUGAUGGACUCGGGGGUUUUUUAGGCUGCCGUAAUGAGCUGGUUCCAGUAAUUUGGUAAAAAUACGGACUCCUUUUACGCACUGGUUUUGUUUUGCUCCAACAGGCUUCAGCAGCAGCUGGACUGUUAAAUAGUAACACUUCCAAAAUUGAGGGGGAUGUUUUAACCUUUCUGAGCAUUAACACAGUUUUCACCUUUCCACCCCAAACAUGAAAGUGAAAAUAACUCUCAAGGUUUCACUUCACCUUCAUAUUUGUGCCUUUCUUUCAUAAUGAAUUUUUUUCCUGGCAGAAGUACUUGAUCUGUGAGGGGUCACAUAAGUUUGGCACAUUGGAAGCUGAUGGAGUUAUGAAUUUAGUGAGCAAGUGGGUGCAUUGGGGCAGGUUAGUUAUGGGGAAAUUGUUUUAUUUCGCCUCUUGAAAUACAGAACAAUACAUCUUAUUUUGGAAAUACAGUGCUGUACAUCUGUUAUUAAGAUUUGCCUUUCGAGUGAAUAAAAUGCAUGCAGUCAUCUUAUAGUGAAUGUAUAAAGGAUAUGGCCUCAUUUAUUGUCUGCAUUUUUAAUUUCUUGUAAAUUUCUUAAAUUUCUUGUAUCAAUUAAAUCUUUAAUUUCUGUUAAGUAAGUUGGGAACUCAUUUGGUAUUUUUUGCUGUAUUCAUGCGGCUGUUUGUGGUUCAUCCAUUUACUGAACACUGCACUCAACUCUGUGACAAGAGUUGUGUUCUCAGGACAUAAAAGGGAUAAGGGGAAAAGCAAUUUGGAUUUUUAGUUUGUUGUUGUAAUUGUUUUGUUUUGAAAAAAGCAGUAAGGUACACCAUUUCUGUUUGCAGUGAUGUUUUUAUGCGCUGUGUAGGUCAGGCUAAUUUUCGUGAAGGAGGUUUUUUCCUCCUCUUGAGGAGAAGUGUAUAAUAGGCAUUGUGUACAGCCAGGAGUCCUUGAGCUUUUGCUGAUGGCUUGGAGCAGUUGAGUGGCUGGAGAUGGAGUCAGGCUGAGCUCUGCUUUGAGAGGCAGCUCCUGAGCACGCAGUAAUAACUAAUACACUCCUUUCAAAAGGUCAGCGAGCACUGUGGAGGAGAUGAAAGCUGGGAGAAAAGGUGUCUUCAUUCUGUGCUUGCUUGGAAAGUGCUUUUUUUCAAACAUGGACAAUAAAAUGUGGUAAAGCAGGAAAACCCUAUUUUGUGUUUGUUUCGAAGUUCAGGGUAUUAUUCUUGGUUGUUUCUCCUCAUUCUCUUGAGGUUGUGUUUCACCACAGGGGUACUAAGAGUGUUGUCUAAACAGAACUUUUCAUUUCUAGCUGUGCUGUAUCGCUGGAACAAAAUACUGAUGUGUGCACAGGAAGCCAGUAUCACUGUAUUGAAUGAAUUUAGUCUCAGGCCUCAGAGACCUUGUUAGUGCAUCUUUAAAUGAAUAAACAGGCUUCUUUCCUCUGCUACUCUUGACCUCACUUUUUCUGACUGAGGACUGCCUGACACUUCAUUCUAUAAAUAGAAAAUCUAAUUCUCUUGCUUUGUUUUUUGUUAUAAACAGUCUGUGUUGAUAAGAAAGCCUCUAGUGCAGGUGUUUUUCACUGAAUGCUGCUCUAAUUUGUGAUAAAAAUCACAUAAAACAAGCAAAACCUUCCUGUUGAACUACACAUAUUUGCAUCAGUACCCUGUGUGCUGUCUGUCAGGGUUGUCUGAUACUGUUUUAUAGUCUUUAAUUGAAAUAUUUUAAAACCUUUGUCUUUCAGAGAGGACUGCUGUGAAAAAUAUUCCAUGAGAAAUUGUAUUUUUCCAUAAUUAACAAGAAGCAAAAGGGAUUCUGGCAGGCAAAGGAGAGUACAUGCAUGUGUGCUUGAGCAUGCAUUGCUUGUUUCCUGCCCCAUGCUCAUCAGUGACCCAUGGCCAGGCAGUUAGUGCCCCACAGAUCUUGAAAAUGCCUUUAUUUCUGGAGUCACUAAUGGCAAAGGCAUUGUCCCAGCUGUCCACCCCCAAAUAUUUAACGUUUUUGUUCUUGCUUACAGGUGCACAGAUACACUGCAGAUUUUCUGAAAUGGCCAUCUGAUUAGUGAUGGAAAGCUCAGAUUAAUUUUUCAGAUUAUGUUCUGGUAUUGAGAAGAUGGAGAAGACUUUGAACAGAAUUCAUCCAGUUUCUGAUCCGGAAGCAACCUAUUUUCUACAGGUGUCAUGGGAGAAGGAUUUAGGCACUGGCUUUGGUUUACUUCUUAGUGAUUGUCAGUGUGCCUGGACUGGGACAGUGUUUGAAGCAGACAUUUCUAGGGAGGCUGCUGACAUAGAAAUGGACAGAGAAAAAUAUGUGGAAGAGCUGAGGAAAGCACUGAUAGCUGGAGAAGAGUCAGCUGGGAGAUACAACUUUGUGAUUUCAAGAGAUGAGCAGAACAAGGCCUGUCACUUCUCCUAUGAAAGAAACCUGAAAGAUGGCUCUUUCAGACUUGGAUCUCUGAAGCUGCAGGAAGUCCCAAGGCCAGCAGAUGUGGUCAAGGAACUCCUUGUUUACUGCCUGGACAGGCUGGGAAAGCUGCAGGCCAAAACUGAGCAUCUGCAGAGAGAAAAUGAAAAGCUUCUCAGCAACUCUAGCGAUGCGGAGAAGAGGCUGGAAAAAUGCGUGGAAGCUAAAGAGGAGCUGGAGGCAGACCUUUAUAGCAAGUUUGUUUUGGUGCUGAAUGAAAAGAAGGCAAAGAUAAGAAGCUUGCAGAAGUUGUUGAGUGAAGCUAAAGAAUCUGCAGUGGAUGCCAAAUGCGCAAGGGGUAGUGUAGCUACUACUCAGAUGGUUAUAAAGAGGGAAAACAACUAUGAUGCCAGCACUGAUGAGGAAAGUGAAAAUCCAGCACGGGCCUCGUUGCCAUCAGCUCUGGAACGAAGGGAUUCCUCCCUCCUGGGCAGCCCAGACAUCAUGGACCCAGCUCCAAGGAGAAAACGAAGGCAGAGGACAGCAAAGCCUGCAGGGACAGGAGCUAAGGUGGCUGCUUACGAGGCAGAGCAGGAAAAGCCUGGCCCAGCCUCGCAGGCGAUGUCGGGGCAGCGCUGCCCGGAUUGGGAUCUGGAAACCCUGGAAAACUCCUGUCAGCCAGAGGACCUCUUGGAGGACGUGUAGCCAGCUGUGGGCACUGGUGCUUCCCCCAGGGAGAAGCCAUAAACUAAAAUAGUUUUUUUUUUUACAGAGCAGAGCCAAAAUCUUUGCUGUGAGGCUCUAAACCCUCCUGGGCCGCGCUUCUCCCGCCCUUGCAGACCCUCAGCCCUGCUGCACCUCAUCUGUGCGGGGCUAAAAGUUGAGUUUCGCCUCUGUGUAGAGCUUUUAUCACCUGCAUGUGGGAAGGGACAGCUCUGUGGAUGUGCUCUUGCAUCUUCCCAGCCUCUGAUGGUGCUCAGGAUUCACCAUUUCCCAUGAGGUGAUCCCACUGUUCUCAGCCUUUCCUAGCUCAGCCCAGACAUGGAUAAAUCAGCUUUAUUUGAUCUUGGAACGGUCUGUUCAGAGCCAAAGCAUACAAAGAGAUGUCCUUUUACUUGAGGGCACUAUGCAUUAUCAGGUGUUCCUGCUUUUGGGAGUAAAGUGCUACUGAAGUUGAUAUUAGCUCUAUUUUAACAUUCUGUAGAAACCCACGGCGUUUAAAAUUGUGAUUUUUUUGAUACUUUGGCUUUUUUCCUUAAGGUGAUUUCUAAAAAAAAAUAAAAAAAAAAAUAAAAUGCACUUGAAAAAUAAAU